AUGUCGAACUGCGCACGCCAAGAUGCACCGCCAGACGACCCGCUUCAGCUUCUGGAGGUUACGGAGCAGCAUGGCUUCCGCCCGUUUCUCACGUCUGGUGAGGACAUCCCAAGUUUUCACGUCGUUGUAGUUGCUUUGGACGCCGGUCAGCAUGUUCACCAUGAGCUUGUCGACGUCCUGCAUGAUGUCAAGCGUGAGACCGGCGUGCGCUAUUUUCUUCUCCGACGCCCGAGCGACGAAAAGGACGCGCGCGGUGCGGAUUUCCAGGAGGACGGAGUGACGAGAACGAUCGUCUGGCUCGGCCCUGCGCGCGAUGACAGCGACGCGGCAGUGCGAUGCGUCUCAAGACUUUACAAUACACCCGCGUCUUCGCGCCCCCGAAAGCUAUGGUCGCGGAGAGAGGGUCAAGCUCUCUGGGACUUGGCGGAGCGUCCUAUCUGGCGAUGUCUCUCGCCUCGGGUGCUUGCCGCGUCCUGCAGGACUUGGCUGUACUGCGGAACCCAGGGCGUGCCAUGGGCUGCGUUGCUCAGCCUCCGCCGAAUGCUCUUGGAACUAUCCUCGACCGGCCGGAUGGCUCAUCAUCAGUUCGCGCAUGCUAUACACGGGAGUCAAGCCAGCAGAAUUGUUGAGGCUACGCUCAGCAUACUUGCGAACGAACUUUCGAAUGGUCAGCAGGACUUUCCGCCGCCAGCCGCCAGCUUGAUGCCCCAGUCUGGCAUGCCGUCGGGUAUGAAUGAACUUUCUUCACACCUAGAUACUUCCAUUCGUGCUGCCGAGACACGAUGGUUGAUGCUCGAUCAAUCAGUGAAGCCUCUGCCAAUGAUCGAAUCCAUGUCAGAGGCGGAAUUAGACGCAGAGAUUGCUAGAUAUGCCCAAUUGCUUCAGCAAAUGGACAUAAUGGAAGCGGACCUCGAGCACCUUGAUAAUCUUACAACACAUGUCCGCUGUCGGCAGCACGAGGCAAGAACACCCCGAGGCAGUCCCGAGAUCAGUCCGUGA